CGUCCAAUCAACCUGAAGAUACCCAUCCGUUGUCCCUCAAAACAAACAAGCCUAACCAAAGUAUUACUGUGUUAGCGACUGGAUUUAGCAAAGCAACCAAUGGCAUCUUCGCCCGGCACUGCCUGGCCGGUGACAUCGCCAUCCUCGCUUCUUUUAGGCCUUCCCUCACACAUCCGACACCGCAUCUACCGCCAUCUUGGCCUGACACCGUGGGGCAGCACCCCCCACCGCUUCUUCCUACACGCUGGCCAACUCAGAUUGCGCCGCGGGCAGGACUUUUACGAGUCGCGCUUCGUACCAGACCCGGACAGCUUCCACGGCCUGCUGCUGUCCUGCCGCGCCAUUCACGCUGAGGCCUCUGCCCUGCUCUACUCCAAAAACCAGUUCAUUCUCGAUUACCACAGGCCGCACGCGGAGUAUGGUCAUGACACCACGCUCUGCCCUUUGCACACGCUGCAUGCUCUGACCGCUCCGUCACUGCGGUGUCUCUCGAACCUCAAGAUCGUUCUUAACCAGGCGUCCUGCCACCACCUCACCCGACACGGCUAUGACAUCGCCUGCUGCCUCGAGGAUGGCAUGAAUUCCAAGUAUUGGGGCAUCAUUUGGUGUGAAGAGAAGCACCAAGGUCGCCUAAACGGCCACACGCACCAGCUUCCCCUUCUGACUCCGGACCCUCGGCGCUACGAGGACGAUCCAUUGGGUACGGCUCACGCAGUCUUGACGGAGUGGCAAUCGACCGCUCACCUGUUGUCCAACGUUGCUCCGGGGCGCCUCACCUUCUCCCUGGUCUGCGAUAUCGACCCACAGCACGCCCAAGCAUUGGAGAUAGCAAAUGCUAUCCUUGCACCCAUCCACCAGCUGCCCCCAUUGCAUCUCAGGGAAUGCCACAUCCGUCUGGCCAAGCACAAGCACCGGCAACUCGAGCAGCUCGCUCGAGAUGCCAUCUCACACGCCUGCGGCAUCCCGACGCAGCCCCUCCAGCUCCCACCGACCCCGAAGGCGACCGAUAUUACCUUGCUAACCCUGCCACGCGAGCUCCGCCUCCGAAUCCUCGAGCACACCGACCUCGUAACCCCAAGACGUCAAGUCCUAUGGAGCCGACAAGACCGCGCAUACGCAAUCUACCACUUCCGCACCGACCCAGACGACUCUCCCGACCAUGGGUACUGCAACCAAUUCUCUGACUGCUUCCGCAACGGCAGCGCCUACGAAAGCGUCGGUUGCUUUUGCCGCCGGCGCCACGCGGCCUUCUCCUCCACAUGCAAGUGUUGGACCCCGCCGGGCGCCGACCCCUUCCUCAUUUGCCGCACUCUCCACCACGACGCGCAGUUCGUCUUCUUCUCCUGCAACCGCUUCAUCAUCCACGACUACAAACCCUCCCCGCCGUGGGUCGUCCCGCUGCUCGAGCGCCACGAGCACUACGCGCCGGAUCCCAUUCCGACUACCCCUACCCCCACGACCGUCUCGCGGCCUCCGAAACUAGUCUUCCCGCCCUACCGUGCCUCCACCUGGCCCGGCACCCACCACCCCGCCAUGCAGGACUGGGCGUCAACUGUUUCCUGGCUUCGGGACAAGCUCAACCUGCCGGGCCUCACCGUCCGAUUAGUCGUAGCAGAGAUGGACGACGGGCCGGAGUCGUACUACCGCCAUAUUACUAUCGAGGAAGGAGCGACGGUUAUGGGGGCGUAUAUGGAUCUGGCGCGGCCGCUGAGGGAGCUGACGGAUGCUGGGCUGGGGAGGUUCCACGCUGAUUUACCGUAUCCGCAUAGGGAAUGGGCGUAUCGGGAGAAGGAUAAGAUUAAGAAACAGGUCGAGGAGUUUGUUAUGAGAGAGAGGUAUAGACAGCUCUAUGCGAAUGGGAGGGAGGAGCCGGCGCAGAGUGACUGGUGUUGGAGGUUUUAUGGCCAGUAG